UCUAAGCUCUGAACAUAUACAAUCUCUUCAACAAAGAAAAUAAUGCUAACCUUAUUAUUGGUUAUGGGUAAACAUAGCUUCUUCUUCCUCAGUCUCCGUCGAUCUUUCCACUGGUCUCCAAUCAACGAAACGAAUCUCGUAUCUCCUGAAUUACUCACCCGCAUAUGCCGUCUUUUAGUCCUCCGACGCUUCGAUUCCGUCGCAAAACUCCCCAUCAAAUUCUCCGACGACAUCAUUAUCGACAUUCUCCGUAACCUCCGAUUAAACCCCGACGCUUGUCUCGGGGUUUUCAGGUUAGCUCUAACACAACCUAAGUUCCGCCCUAAUUAUAAAUGUUAUUGUAAUAUUGUUCAUAUUUUGUCGAAAGCAAGGUUGUUUGAUGAAACUAAGCUUUAUUUGAAGCAACUUGUUGACGUUUCUGCAAAUACCCAUUUGCCAACUCGUGUUGUUUGGGCUGAAUUGGUUAAAGUUUAUAGAGAAUUUGAAUUUUCUCCUACAGUUUUUGAUAUGAUUUUGAAGGUUUAUGCGGAAAAAGGGCUUGUUAAUGAUGCACUUUAUGUGUUUGAUAAUAUGGGUAAGUGUGGGCGUAAGCCGAGUUUGCGGUCUUGUAAUAGUUUGUUGAGUAGUUUGGUUAAGGUGGGUCAAUAUGAUAUGAGUGUGUGUGUUUAUGAUCAGAUGGUUAGGGUUGGAAUUACGCCAGAUUUGUUUAUGUGUAGCAUAGUGGUUAAUGCGUAUAGUAGGAGUGGUAAAGUUGAGGAAGCUGCUCGUUUUAUUGAAGAAAUGGAGUGUAUGGGUGUGGAGCCGAAUGCAGUGACGUAUCAUAGCUUGAUGAAUGGGUAUGUCAACCAAGGGGACAUGGUAGGAGCUAAGGGGGUUCUGAACUUGAUGGCUGAUAAGGGCAUUGCCAGAAAUAUGAUCACUUUUACUCUUUUGAUGAAGGGCUAUUGCAAACAGUUUAAUAUGAGGGAAGCGGAGAAUUUGCUAUGUGAAAUGAAGGAGUGGGUGGUAGAUGCUCAUGCAUAUGGGAUUUUGAUAGACGGCUAUUGCCAGAUGGGAAAGAUGGAUGAUGCUGUUAGGAUUCGAGAUCUUAUGUUAGGAUCUGGUCUGAAGAUGAAUUUGGUCAUUUGUAACUCCUUAAUAAAUGGUUAUUGCAAAAACGGACAAGUUAACCAAGCUGAGUCAGUAGCUUUACAAAUGGUGGAUUGGGGUUUAAAGCCUGAUUGUUAUAGCUUUAGUACUUUGAUAAAUGGGUAUUGUAGAGAAGGUUGUAUUCGUGAGGCUAAUAUUCUCGUGGACAAGAUGAUCCACAAAGGGGUUGAACCUACUGUUGUUACGUAUAAUACUCUUCUUAAAGGUCUAUGUCGUGAAGGAGCUGUAGAUGAUGCUAUGCAUGCUUGGCAUCUGAUGGUGAAAAGAGGAGUGAGACCAAAUGAGGUUGGCUAUUGCACUAUGCUUGAUGGUUUCCUGAAGAGGGAGAGGCUGGAUGAGGCUUUCCGGAUUUGGAAAGAGAUUCUAGCGAGGGGGUUAGCCACAAGUUGUAUUACAUUUAACACAAUGUUGACCGGUCUGUGCAAGAUGGGGAAGAUGGCUGAAGCGGAGAUGGUUUUCCAGAAAAUGAUUGAUCUCGGCUGCUCUCCUGAUGGGAUGACAUAUAGAAUCCUCAAUGAUGGCUAUUCCAGAAAUGGAAAUGUUGAACGAGCUUUUAUAAUAAAAGAUAUGAUGAAAAAUAAUGCAAUAUCCCCAUCUAUUGAAGUGCACAAUUCUAUAAUUGGUGGUCUUUGAAACGUAACUGCUAGGCAUCUUCAAAGCUGUGAGGCAAGUUUUAGGAGAAAUCCUAUUCAUAAUUUCCUACGAACAUUCAUUUAAUCAGGUGAUUAUAAAUGUCAUUGAUCUUGGAGCUCUUUAGCCUGCAAGAGAUCUGACAACGGUAUGAGGAUUUGGCAAACACAUAAACGCUUCCUGUGUCUCUGCUACUUAUACCUUAACAAAUUCUCAAUGGCAUUACAAGUGAAUAGAUCAGUACAGUACUUCUUAGACAAUUUGUUGAGGCAAACACCAGAUCAGCAGCAAACUCUGUAUGCAAUUCGCGAGGUAUUGGCAAAUUUCUUGACCCCGACUUCUCCUUUGUGAAGAUUGCUGCACCUUACACAGUAGUUGAUUAUCAGAAACAUAAUAUCUUCAUUUAGAACUUCUGCCAGUACUUUUUAAGCAGUAGGUUAAGCAGUAGGUUAAAGAUUCUUACCUACUGCAGGAGCUCCUCGAUCUAAAAUAAGGGCGUCGACGUCGUACUGGAGUUCAGCUUGUGUAGGAGAUAAGGAAACAAGCUGAAGAUGUAGCUUACCUUUAACCCGGAUCAGGAGUUGAUAAAUUUCCAUCUAAUGAUAUGCAACUGCUUGGAAGACCCAUCGGUUGAGUUUUUCUAUUGGAUUUGUCUCUUUUCCGAUCAAUUUAAUCUCAUAUCUACAGGCCAGAGACUACACAAUAUCUAUCUCAUUUCAGGUCCAGCGUGUAGAGGAGUUUGUUAAGCAUUUCGAAACAGGGGACUUAAAGCUGCGAGUACGGGUUCUUGAGUCUGAAAGAGCGGCUCGGAUGGUAACAACAUGGCAAAUGGCAACCAUGUACGCAGUUCUUGGUGGUACCCUGCUGAACCUGGGGGUCACCUACUCACCUUCAGCAGCCAAGGAAGUGCAAUGGUCGCUAAUGGUUCACUUGUGGGCACAGGUGUUUUCCUAACAUUGCUUAUCAGAUCCAUGCAAAUAGUGAAGAAGCCUGAUAAGUUUGAAACGAUGACAUGAUAUUCGAGUUUCUUCACAAGGCACGGUAGACAUUAUGUAGACUUCGUAACAUGUCGGUAUAGUUAGAUAAUAGCUCAAAGGUAAAUGUCUUACAUAUGAUGAAGUUGGGAGGGGGAGUACAUAAACAUAGUGCUCGCACUUUAAAAGAAGGUGCACCGAAGUGCACAGUUCUUAAAGUAUAAAUUGUAUCUAUUUUUUUUUUGGACAUGACUAUACGAAAAAGAACAGUACGUACAAAAAGAAUGACUCCAUAUAAAAGUUUCAUUUCAUGUGUUUCAAAUUUUUAUCAGGGUAAACUAGGAUGACCUUUGUGUGUUUUU